GGCUCCCGGGGCGGACGAAGGCUUGGGAGAGGGGGAAAGCCCGGGAAGGCAGGCUUUAGGCUCACCGCGUGGUGACUGGGAGGAGAAGGGCCUGGCCAGGAAGGAAAUGGAGAAGGGCGCUGCUCGCCAGAAGGAAGGCCCGAGGGCGAGAGACUCCAACGCGGGCCCCUCCAGAGGCCCAGAGGGCCCUCGGGAAAGACCCGGGAGCCACGUGGCCGAAGAGGGCACCGUGUCAGGCGCCAUGGGCCCAGGGGCGGCUCCAGGCCCCGCAAGUGGUGCCCCCAGCCCCCAUGCAGAGCCCUGGCUCCAGAGGACGGUGGCCCUAGUCCUCAAAGCCUCCAGCCCCAGGGUCUCCCUGCCAGAAGCUACCCCGGUGACGGUGCUGCUCCUGCAGAGAUACCUGGCCGAGGGGCCGCCACCCCCGCCCAACGCCCCCUGCCAGAACUACUACUACGAUGUGACUGUGACGGAUGGCACCUGCCAGGAGAAGUGCUUCCUGGCCCCCCAGCUGAACGGCCUGGUCCAGCGAAACCGGCUGGCUGCCGGCGGGCAGAUUAAGAUCACCCAGUGUUCCCUCGUGUACAAUGAAAGGAGCCUCGGCCCGGGCUUUGUGUGCAUUGAAGAGCUAGAGAUCCUAGAAGAGGCUUCGGCCUUGGCCAGGCCUGCCUCCCAGCUCAGGAUCUGCCACGUGAAGACCCUCCUGCCCCUGAAAGGGAGCAGGAAGCAUUACCUUCCUCUGUGGAACAAUGACGAUCCCUUUGGGGAGACGUGGGUAUCCAAUGUGCCCUUGAGGGAGGUCGGCCUGGAGGAAUUCAAACCAACAUCCAUCUCUAUUCUGGUGAUGACCUGGGAAAGCAAAGUCAGCUUCCCACCGUUGCGUGUCAGAAUCAUCCAUAAGUCUCGGUUACGGUAUUUUGGAAAACCACAAACAAAGCUAGAUGUGCCAUAUCAGGCUUAUUUUGAUGUGGCUGAUCAAUCUGGCAUGGUGUUAAUGGUGCUGUGGGGCUCUUUAUGCCCUGAAUGGUAUCACAGUAUGAAAAUCGGCACAGUGCUGCUGCUUGAAAAAUAUGCUGUUAAAAAAAGUUUAUCUUCUAACAUGCAGUCAAGAUCUGAAGAUUUGCACAUGAGGAGAUUUAGUUCAAUAGAAAUAGCUUUGAACGUUCGAGACCCUCCAGCUAAAAUUAACAUCAUUCCAGAACAUAAAAUUAAACCAGAAUGGAAGUUACCCGAAGUUGAAUAUCAUUUUGUAACAAGGUCCGAAUUGGAUAACUUAGCACAAAAUCAGUUUUGUGAUGUCAUUGGACUUGUACAGUAUGUUGGACGGGUCGAGCGCAAGAAGAAAAAAGGUUAUAUGGAUGACUUUUGGACAUAUCGCUGGGUACAUAUUAUUGAUGGGACCUCAGAGCAGCCUUUUAUAAUGGAAUUGUUUUCCACAUCUCAGCCAGAUGUGUUUGAGAAAAUUUACCCAAUGACCUACUUGGUAUGUACCCAGAUGAGAGUGGAAAAAAAUGUUUCCGAGAAUGGCUCCAGUACAUCCUAUUUAACAACAUCUAUGAAAACUCAAAUGUUUAUUACAGGAUGGCAUAAGGACCAGCCAUAUAUAAAAGAUCCGAAAGUGCAAAACUUUAUCCAGUGGGUGAGAAGGCAAGAGGAAGCUUUUCACGUGGACAAAGUCUUCAUUGGGGGAUACUAUCGUUUCCCGCCACUCCCAAGUACAUUUGCAGAAUAUUGCAAAAAUAUGAAUGAAUUGGUUUUGAUAUCCAUCAGUAAAAUUGAGAAGGAGAUUGACAGUUUGCACUACAGGGAACAGAAGCACAUUGCUUUUCAAGGGAUAAUUAGUGCUGUAAGAUGUGUCAGCUGCAGCAAUACCUCCCAGGAUGCAGUGGGAGAAUUGGCAAUGCAGAUCGAGAAAAUGCCACCAACCUCUUUGUCGCAACACCAGCAAGCAAGAGAAUCAACUUCUAAAGCGAGGUCACCAUCUCUGGCGCAACAAACUAUAGUGACCAGGAGUUUUGCAAAGAGACAGAUUUCAGCUGCAGAGACCACAAAGCAUCCUCCUGUGUCUUCUCACCAUUCAUAUUUGACAAGGUCAAGCAAAAGAAGAAGGUUGUCCAAUUUUCAGCAAGGUAAUUCUGACGCCAACAAAGACAAUGCAGAAGUGGUGGAAACAGCACAGACGCACCAAACAGGUGACAAAGAAAUAGCUGAUGGAUCUGGAAAAGGUCACCCACAAAGGAUGUGCCACAGUUCCUGGGAAAGUGUUCGCUGGACCGCCGUCAAAGAGACAUUAGCACAGCACUUGAACUUCAGCAAGAUUUUCCCAGAAAGCUUCCCUUGGAAAUUUAAUUAUGCUCACAAAGAAGCCCUGCUGAAAAAAUACAACCUUCAAGCAGCCCAAUUCCAGCCAGAAAAAUGCCUGGCGAGUGGAGAAAUUAGUCACUUGAAAAGUAACCAUCUCCAAUAUUAUCAAGUGACUAUUCUUGGUGUAAAUAAUGAAACAGCUGUAGACGUUGCCCUCCUGAAAGACUCUUCCUUAUUUCAAGUCAAAGAGACACCACAAAAUGCAGCACCUUCUCACAGAAACAGUUCUACGCCUUGCCAGGAGACCAUUAACCAAGAAGGACUUUUUGAGUCACUUCCAGAUGAUCUCAAAGCUGCUGCCCUGGAGAACCAACGGGUCGUCUGCAUCCUGGAUGUUUGUUCUCUGGAUAACAACCAAACCGAAGUCUUGCUUAGGAAAAUAUAUAAGAUAACAGAAGUUGACGUUGUAAACCAAAAACAAAUAAAUGUUUUGUAAACCAAGAAGAGAGUGUUUUUCUCCUGCUGUGCUCUCCGCGAUUUGGAUAUUUUAGGAGCGGUUAAGGAAAGUUUUGGGUUCUUUCGUACUCAAAUUUUGCAGAAGUG